AUGUCUACGUCCCGAAAUAACUAUCCCCAGUGGGAUUUGAAGACUUUUAAUGAAAUUAUGGCUCUUUCGGCAACUUCUGACAAAAAUGCCCGUAUUGCUCUAAUAAAUGCGAUUCCGGACCAAAAGCUAAUUUGUUUGGUAGAGUUGGUUUAUAAUGUUUUGAAAGGAAAUGUUCAAAUAUCUCAAAAGAAUGUCCGUCGUCUUCAACGUUAUUCUACCGACUUGAGACGCCUAUCAACCCUUCGAAAUAUUGACGAAACUCGUCAGUUUCUAAUUCAAACUGGUGGUACACCAAUUGCUGUCCUUUUGCCCGUUCUAAUUUCUGCUGCUUCUUCUAUUCUGGAACAUGUCCUACAAUAA